AUGAACUCAGUAAGCGAAUCUUGUGGUUCCGAUCAGACGUCACCCCAGUUGGCGGAUGAUGAAGGCGGGGAUGCAACUUUGCCAGGUAAGAGUGACGGAGCUGUUGCUGCUGGAACUGGAGCUCAGGUAAAAAUGGUAUCAGAGCGACCAGAGAUCGCAGCAACAGCAGCAGCUACGAAGACAACAACAACAACAACAGCAACAGUGGCGCCAGCAAGUACCCUUAACCUGGGAUGCCCUGGGUGUUUACAACCCAGCGAGGGCGCCUCGCCAGAUGCUUGGGAUAAGUGGGGAUACAGAGCAGAUGCCCCUUGUUUCUGUGAAACAGUCGUAUUGGGGACCUCACCAUCGUCGCCGCCUCCGCCGUCUCAAAACGCAAACGUAUCGCUAGUUUUUGAUGCUUUGCCGCAGAGUUAUUCUUUAGUUAACUCGUUUUCGGGCUAUGCGUAUGGGCGGGUGUCAAAUAGCCUUCUUGCCUCCACACGAACAUGUCCAGAAGAAGUAAAUCCUACGACCACUCUUGAGAACGGCCUGACUUUCAAUGAAGACGAUCUGAGGGAACCUCGUAGGUAUCGAGCGACGUCGUUUCCCACGCACUCCUUUUGUCCUGUGGGUGAGAUGCAGCAGGCGUUCUUACAUCAGUUGUCUUGCGCAGAGAGGGUCGGUGGUUCCGUUUGUAGUACGCUAUUUCGGCCGUGUUUUAGAAGUCGGCUGCAACCGCUGGCUUCCAUUAAGGAUCCUCAUUUUGCUCGCACUGCGCGUGAGCAAAAUCGAAGCAUGCUCAUCUCUGUGUUGGUGUGCCAAAAACAGUCAUUGCAGCGGCAAUUAGAAGCUAUGCGAAAACAAUUCUCGGAACAAAACAUUUUUUCCAUGGUAAGGGCUAGCAAAGCCUCACAGCUGCAGUACCUUCUUGAUAAUAAGCUCUGUGAUGUCAACAAGCGGGACUACAAUGGGUGCACUCCCUUGCAUGUGGCAGCGCUGGAAGGCAAUGAGGUGAUUGUGCGCUUGUUACUUUCAUUUGGUGCUGAUAUCAUGGCUAUGGAUAAUACUGGACGGACCCCGCUUGACUGGGCUGCAGCUAAUCGUCACAGCGGUGUUUGCCGCUAUCUACUGCAUGCCACGCAGCAAAUUAUGCUUCUACACGAGCAGCAAAAAGAACAUGAGGGUAGUGAAAGCGAACACGUGGACUUCACUGAUAAGAAUGCUGGACGAAGUCAAGUUUUUAGUCUGAGUGUUGCAACCAACUCAGCGAUGCAGUCAUUACUUCUCUCUCCACCAAUUCAAGCAAGUAAAAAAUUAUCUGCCAUGCAAUCGCUGUCACUGGAUUCCGAAACCGGAAGUGAGCAACAGAACGACGUUGCCUCAGCUUCGCUUAUGGCGUGCCUCCCACCAGACGUGAUGUCAAUGGUACAAACCCAAUACCACCUAGCUUCAUGCCAUUCUGCCGAGGAUGGCGUGCAGAACGAAGAUGAAGUGGAAGAGGAGGAGGAUGAAGCAGAGGAGGAGUACGCAACGGCUAAAUUUUCAAGCUACACUACCAUUUCGGAUCCGGUGCCGCUUGUUGUUUGUAUGGUAGGUCUACCAGGGCGUGGAAAAUCGUUUAUUGCCCGUCGGCUGUCACGUUACCUCAACUGGAAAGGUGUUCCUUGCCGCGUCUUUAACGCGGGUAGUUAUCGUCGACAGCUGCUCGGUGUUGAGGGAACCGCAGAUGCAGGUUUUUUCGAUCCAAAUAAUGCUAAGGGAAGCCAAUUGCGUGAGAAAAUGGCGCAACUCGCAUGUGAGGAUCUCUUGGAGUUUAUUUCGCAACAUCGCGCCGCCGUGGGUGUGUUUGACGCCACCAACACCACAAGGGCACGACGACGCCAUUUGAUAGAGUUUUUCACCAAUGCGUCAAAACAGCGCAAUGUGGAGUGUCGCGUUGUAUUUAUUGAGUCAAUUUGCACGGAUGACAACAUCAUUACGGAAAAUAUUCUUCGCUCAAAGUGCGGCAACGAUGACUUCAAAAAUGUUGGAGACAUAAGCGGAGUAAUCAGCUCAUUUCGCUCUCGCAUUGCGGAGUAUGAAAAGGUGUACGAACCACUGGAUCGCGCCGAGGAUUUAAGCUUUAUUCGCAUAGUAAACGUAAAACAGCACGUUGUGGUGCAAAAUAUACCCUGCGGUCUCGCAAGUCGUAUUGCGUUUUUCUUACUGAACCUGCAUCCUGUUGCAUACCCCGUUUAUAUCGCCCUUCCUGGUGAAACUGAGGGUGAGAGCAACCACAUCUAUGGCGGGGAUGAACAUUUGACGCCCCUGGGAGAAAAAUUUGCACUGGCAUUGCGACGCUUUAUUUUGGAGCGUUACGUACCAAAUAUGAUUGUGCUGCAUGGCACAAACUGCAGUGUAGUAAACACACUAAAACCACUUGCUGAGUCGCUGCGUGACGACAGCGAGGAUGGUGUAACUAGGGUGGAAGAUGAGGAGAACGUUCCUUUUAGUGCACUUCCAUCGCAGGAGGAACUUCUAUGCCCUCUACCGGGCCUUGACAGCAUCAACUACGGCUGGUUUAGUGGACGAACAGUGCGGUGGGUGCAAAAGCGUUACGCAAAACUCUCACGGAUUCUGUUUGCGGCGGUGCCAGGGAGCAGUGAUGAAUCUUUGUCAAGUAUGAAUAUCUCGCCAAAUUCCCAUCCUGAAGAUGUGGAAAGUAACGCGCAGGGGGGAAAGGAAUCACUUGGACCCUCACAUCAAGGCGAUCAAGAUGGGGAGCAUGUACCAACGCAACACUUUGGCAACAAUGCUAAGGCAAUUCUUCGCUUUCGUCACGUCCCUAAUGGCACUGACCCUCGUUUAUCGUACUGUGUGCAGUUUCCAAAUGGUGAAAGUUGCAGACAGGUGAAUGUUCGACUUGAACCAGCGCUAAUGGCAGUAAUGCGGGUGCAAGGACCUGUCGUUGUUGUUGCAACUUCAGUACCUGCUCAGGGUGUUCUUGCUUUUAUGGCAGACGUGUUGCCAGAGUUGUCCCCAACGCUACGUUUGCCUAAGCACGCCGUGGUGGAGAUUGGCGUUAAGGGGGACAUCACAGUUCAUCAACUUGAGCCUGCUGAGGACGGUCUCUGUCUGGAUACGUAG